AUGAAAGGAAGGGGAAGGAAGGAUAUUUGGUUUUAUGUUGUCUUUUCAAUGAGAAUGGCUUUUGGAGAUUCCGCUGUGUCUGCUUCACGUGCUGCCGGGCCGGAUACCGCGGAAGAAAUAACUAAUCAUUUUCCGAGCAAGGUUAUGAAGGUCGCACACCUGAACAACAAUAUCGAAGUCGGCUUGCUUUCUGCUGCUUUCAAACAUGCGUUAUCUCCUCCUUCGUUGGCUGAAGAUGCCUCUCUCAUAGGUUCUCCGCAAGGUCUUUGA